AUGACUUCCAAAAUUGCCGUCUGGGCUGCCAAGCAGGCUGCAGGCGACACACUGAACAAUUUCGCAAAGAAUUUCGACUCUGAGGAUCCCUUCUACUAUUAUGAUCCCCACCAGGCUUCAGGCGAGUUGUCUGAAAAGAAGAAGAAGAAGAAGGGCAGAAAGUUCAAGAAUUACAAGAAUGGCUUGAUGGGAAGCAAGAUGUACCAAGCACCCGGAGUCUCUGCCCAUGACAACAAUAUCCUCGCCAGUGUGCGGCGGCGUUCAUGGCAUCUGGACAUGAGCCUUUUCCACUGGUGUGGGUUCAGAUUUGGAUGGUCCGUCAUCAUCGGACUCGUCCCAGUACUUGGCGAUAUCGUCGACUGCCUAUUGGCUUGGUGGAUCAUUCGCAAGGCGGACAAGAUCGAGGGCGGGCUUCCAAGCAGCCUCAAGAGCAGGAUGUACCUCAACGUCGCGGCCGAUUUUGCGAUUGGGCUGGUACCGCUACUCGGGGACAUUGCCGACGCCCUAUACAAGGCAAACUCGCGAAAUACCUGGCUAUUGGAAGAUUACCUGGUCAAGAAGGCCGCAGCAGAGCAGAAUCCGCAGCAGUUGCGACACUCAGACGAUCCUGAACAAGGACUGGCUGCAGCACGGCCGUCUGCACCACAGCCGCCAAAGCCAACGAAAAAGAUGAAGGGGACUCGGCGUUGA